UGCUGCGGUGAUCGGUCGUGUUUCGUGACAUUAUUGUCCAAUUCGGUGUUUGUGAAAAUGGAGUAAUUCCGAAGAUAACAAAAGUAGCGUUAGCAACAGCAGAAAGCUUAGACGUAAGCGAAGAAAGGCAGUGGAACUGAUGCAGGAGUAUGCGGAGAACAGUAGCCUGCAUGGGCUCAAGUAUAUCUCUGAGAAAGGCCGUAGUUUUGUCGAAAAGAUAUUCUGGGUGGCAACAUUCCUAGUCAGCAUCAGUUUGUGUGUGAUCUUGAUCAAGAAUGUUUGGAUCAAGUGGCAGACCAGCCCGGUCAUUGUAGCUCUUAGUGAGCAACUGGUUUCUGUUGGAGAGGUACCAUUCCCGUCGGUGACAAUCUGUCCACAAAUCAAAGCGAAGCGUUCGCUUUAUAAUUUCACUCACGAAACGAUCGCAAUGAAAAAAGAGAUGGAGUCACGUUUGGCGAGUAACAGAACACAAGACGACAAAGAUGAUGAUCUUUUGGCCAAUAAAUAUGAGGAUAUCGGAUUAGUGUGCUGGGUCGACGUGCCAGUGGUUCCGUACAGAAAACGGAACUACUCUGAUGCCACAGCCGUUCAACAUAUAAUUGACGUAGCUCCAAGUAUUAAAGACAUAUUUUACGGAUGCCGAUGGAGAGGAGAUGACGUCGCGUGUCAGGACAUUUUUCAGUCUGUGCUUACUUCGGAGGGAAUCUGCUUUACUACGAACACUAUGGCGGCGAGUGAAAUCUUUAGACAGGAAAAUGUACACGAAGAUUAUUCCUAUUUAAAUAGCUCUAAACCCAGCAAGAACUGGUCUCUUAAAGGCGGAUACACUAGUAACGAAGAGGAUGUUUAUCCGAAAAAAGGCCGAGGAAACGGCGCAGACACCGAUCUGCGAGUUAUUCUCAGAGAGCAGACAACUGAGCGGGAUGGACUAUGCUAUGGCAUAAACCACGGUUACAAAGUGUACCUCCAGCACCCGGCAGACAUGCCUCAAUCUUCUCUCUACUACUACGCUGCCCUGCCGGAGCAGACUUCUUCGUUCGCAGUAAAGUUCAGCGUCACGAAUACUUCCAAUACAUUGGUGAACUAUCCUCCAAAAAUCCGCCAAUGUUACUUCCCCGAAGAGCGUCAGUUGAAGUAUUUCAGAACGUACACGCCCAACAACUGCCGACUGGAGUGCAUGUCGGACUACACUUUUGACAGCUGCGGCUGUGUUUGGUUCCACAUGCCACAUAAAGACAGCUCAACUAUUUGCAGACAACUUAAAAAAGAUUGCGUUUUAAAAGCAUUGGAGAGAUACGCCGCGGAGGAAAGUCAAACCGAUUCUAAAGUUGACAAAUGCCAAUGCCUUCCGCUCUGUAUCGGUAUCCAGUACGACGCAGAGGUUCUUAAGACGAAGUUCGAUAUACACAGUAUGCUGAAUGCUAUUAAAGUUGUUUAUCCCGAAUGGUACCAAAAUGAGACUGAUGAGGAGACGGGGAUGUCAUAUACGAUGAUAGAGCUGUACUACAAGGAGCCACGAUACAUGUCAAUGCGUCGCUCGGAGCUGUUCGGUCUGACAGACUUCCUAGCAAACUGCGGCGGGUUGCUCGGACUCUUCCUCGGCUUCUCCUUCUUAAGUCUCGUUGAGAUCUUUUACUUUUGCACUCUCAGGCUUGGCUGCACUCUCCGGCGGGACACGCGAAAUUAUGAAAAUGACGUCAAACAAAACUAGCUCAAGUUCUAUUAUAUUUAAUUACAU